UCCUCAGAAAAUUCUUACACGAUCAGAGUGGGACCCCAAAAGCACCAUGGCUGCUCUUGGCAUCACCAUUGCCUUGUUGGUGUGGGUGGCCACCCUCCUGCUUAUAUCCAUUUGGAAGCAGAUCUAUAGUAGCUGGAAUCUGCCCCCUGGACCUUUUGCACUUCCUAUCCUUGGGAAUGUUUUACAGCUGGAUUUGAAGGAUAUACCCAAGUCCUUCACCAAGUUGGCACAGCGUUUUGGGCCAGUGUUCACACUGCACCUAGGAUCAAGGCGCAUCGUGGUCUUACAUGGCUACAAGGCUGUCAAGGAGGUGCUGCUGAACCAUAAGAAUGAGUUCUCUGGCAGAGGAGAGAUUCCUGUGUUUCAUGAGUACAAAGACAAAGGGAUUGUUUUCAAUAAUGGACCCACCUGGAAGGAUGUCCGGCGGUUUUCCCUGAGCAUCCUCCGUGACUAUGGGAUGGGGAAACAGCGUAAUGAGGAGCGUAUCCAGAGGGAGGCACACUUCCUGGUGGAGGAGCUCAGGAAGACUCAGGGCCAGCCCUUUGAUCCCACCUUUCUCAUUGGCUGUGCACCAUGCAAUGUGAUAGCGGACAUCCUCUUCCACAGGCGUUUUGACUACAAUGACAAGAAGUGUCUGAGGCUCAUGCAUUUAUUCAAUGAAAACUUCUACCUGCUAAGUACUCCCUGGGUCCAGCUUUAUAAUAAUUUUUCGGAUUAUCUUCGAUACCUACCUGGAAGCCAUAGAAAAAUAAUGAAAAAUUUGUCUGAAAUAAGACAGUAUGCACUUGAAAGAGCAAAGGAACACCUUCAGUCACUGGACUCCAGCUGCCCCCGGGAUGUGACUGACUGCUUGCUUGUGGAAAUGGAGAAGGAAAAACACAGACAAGAACCCAUAUUCACAAUGGAAAAUAUUUCUGUGACCUUGGCAGACCUGUUUUUUGCAGGGACAGAAACUACCAGCACCACUCUCAGAUACGGGCUUCUGAUUCUCAUGAAAUACCCAGAGAUUGAAGAGAAACUUCAUGAAGAAAUUGAUAGGGUUAUUGGGCCAACCCGCAUCCCUUCUGUCAAAGACAGGCUGGAGAUGCCCUACAUGGAUGCUGUGGUACAUGAGAUUCAGAGAUUCAUCAACCUUUUGCCCUCCAACGUACCGCACGAAGCAACAAAGGACACCAUGUUCCGAGGAUACGUCAUUCCCAAGGGCACAAUUGUAAUUCCAACUCUGGAUUCCCUUUUAUACGACAAGCAAGAGUUUCCAGAUCCAGAGAAGUUUAAACCUCAGCACUUUCUGAAUGAAAAUGGAAAGUUCAAGUACAGUGACUACUUCAAGCCAUUUUCUGCAGGAAAACGUGUAUGUGUUGGAGAAGGCCUGGCUCGCAUGGAAUUAUUUCUGCUCUUGUCUGCUAUUCUGCAGCAUUUUAAUCUGAAGUCUCUGACUGACCCAAAGGAUAUUGACCUCAGCCCUGUCACAAUUGGCUUUGGCAGUAUACCACCACCAUACAAGCUUUGUGUCAUUCCCCGCUUGUGAGACCUGAAAACUCUGUGUCUCAAAAAUCAGCACAGCUGCUCAUUAAUAUCCCUUAAAAUGUGACUCUGUAUUUGGAAAAAACAAAUUCUAGGGUCCCUCUCAUAGAAUGGACUAGACAAAUUGUAAAAUCUUAGCGAAUUAAGUGUUAAAAUUUAUGGAGUCAAUACACUCAUACACAUAAAAAUUUUUUUAAAAGUUA